AACCGCUAACUCUAGUCUGGUCUGUUCUGUAAGUUAUUAGUUUAUGUAAGUCGGUAAUUUAUAUAUUUUUUUCUAAAUUAUAUUUACUUUUUCCUCUGAUAUUUACAGUAAAAACUCCAAUCCAACUAAGCCUCAAGCUGUCAAAGCUUACACAGACAGCAGGAUGUCUGUUUUUUCACUGUUUUGUUGGAAUAAACUACGGUUGAGACCACAGAACAUAAGGACUCUUCUGCACAAGAAUGCCGGUGUUUGUCCGAAUCAGGAGUCUAGGCACCACAGCUCUGGACGGCAACAAAGAAGGAGGGUUGUUAUCACAGGAAUAGGGUUAGUUUGUCCUCUGGGCACAGGCACUGCUCUGUCCUGGGACCGUCUGAUCAAAGGUCAGAGUGGGGUAGUUGCCCUGGACUCAGAAGAGUACAGGACUCUCCCCUGUAGAGUGGCAGCUCUGGUACCCAGAGGAACCAAGGAGGGUCAGUUUGAAGAGGAAACAUUUGCUUCUCGUAAAGAGAUCAGUAGCAUGUCAUCAGCAACCGUAAUGGCCCUUGGAGCUACUCAGCUGGCCCUGGAGGAUGCAGGCUGGUGUCCCAAAAGCCCAGAGCAGCAGCUCAGCACAGGGGUGGCUGUUGGGAUGGGCAUGGUGUCGCUGGACGAAAUCGCUCGUACCUCCUCCCUCUUCCAAGAGAAGGGCUACAACAAAGUGAGUCCAUUCUUUGUGCCACGCAUCCUUGUCAACAUGGCUGCUGGACACAUAAGCAUCAAACACAAGCUAAAGGGUCCCAAUCAUGCCGUGUCCACCGCUUGCACCACAGGUGCGCAUGCCGUAGGUGAUGCAGCCAGGUUCAUCGCUCACGGGGAUGCAGCUGCUAUGGUUGCAGGGGGCACAGAAUCCUGUGUGGGGCCACUUUCAUUAGCUGGCUUUGCUAGGGCCCGUGCCCUUGCGACCAAAUGGAAUAACAACCCUACACUUGCAUCAAGGCCUUUUCAUCCAGAAAGAGAAGGUUUUGUAAUGGGAGAAGGAGCAGCUGUGCUCCUGCUGGAGGAUCUGAACCAUGCAGUGAGUAGAGGAGCCCGGAUUUACGCAGAGGUCCUGGGUUAUGGGCUCUCAGGGGACGCUACUCACAUAACUGCUCCUACUGUGGAUGGUGAUGGGGCAUUCAGGUGCAUGUCUGCAGCCUUAAAAGAUGCAGAUGUCUCUCUGGCUGAUGUCACAUAUAUAAAUGCUCACGCCACAUCGACACCUUUGGGAGACGCAGCAGAAAAUGCAGCCAUCAAGAGACUUUUCCAGCAAAGUGCUAGCACCCUGGCUGUGUCCUCUACCAAGGGGGCCACAGGACAUCUGCUCGGGGCUGCUGGGGCUCUGGAGGCAGCUUUCACCGCUCUGGCCUGUUACCACAAAGUCCUGCCCCCAACCCUUAACCUGGACAGAACAGAGCCCGAGUUCGACUUGAAUUACGUUCCCUGCACAGCGCAGCAAUGGCAGACUCGGGGUCGACGGGUAGCCCUCACAAAUUCAUUCGGCUUCGGCGGCACCAAUGCCUCACUGUGUCUCGGCAGCAUCUGAGGACACACUGGGAGCGACUGGGAAGUUCUUCUCAUUGAUCAGAUCACAUCCAGGCAUGACAUAUUUACUAAGAGUAGUGAUGUUGGCUGUUCCUAUGAAAUACUUUCAAUGGUUUGCAACAAUCUGUCCUGGAUUUUUAUGGAAAAACUUCAUUUGGAAUUUGUUCCUUCAGUCCGUGUGUGUGCCUGCGUGCGUGUGUGCCUGCGUGCGUGCGUGCGUGUUUGCCUGCGUGCGUGCAUGUGUGCCUGCAUGCAUGCAUGUGUGUGUGUGUGCGUGCGUGCAUGUGUGUGCCUGCGUGCGUGUGUGUGUGCGUGCGUGCGUGCGUGCGUGCGUGCGUGUGUGUGUGUGUGUGCAUGUGGAGUAUGUUGUUUACUUUAUUAUGAUGUUUUUGUCCACCUGUAUUAGGUACACCGAUGUAUCUAAUGAAGUCCAAUAUAAUAACUCAGCAAUAAAUUUGAGUACAUUUAAAUAUUUUGUUGAUGUUACCAGGGGAUGACGACUGUACUUUAUAUUUUCUAUUUAAAUAAUAAUGGUAAUAGUGUGCGACUAUAUAUGCUACAACUGAGUAUAUUGAAAACACACACAGACACAGAGAAUGUAAUAUGGCUGGGUGUUAUAAAUUCUACUAAAUCUCUAAACAUUUCCCAGUUUUAGCCUCAUGCUAAAGGAGACCUUUUUCAUUGGGCAGAUGGCUGGACAAACACAACCCUAACAACCAGGGCUCUAUACUACGAAGCAAAUUCAUUCUACACAGGUUAUCUAUCACCAUUAUCUGGAUUGACAUACCUUAAAACUGGCGAUCAGGAUAAGCGCUCACCUGCACCGACACAGGGAGAACAUGCAAACGCCACACAGGGAGGCCCCGGCCCGAUGACCCCGCCACUGCUUAUUCUUUCAUGAUUCAUAUUUUUAAAAAGUAGUUAUAACUAAAAUAAAAUUAUUAGUUUGAACUAUUCAGCUGUAAUGUGCAGUUCACUGAUCACAUGCAGCGGUCAAGUGGAGAUUAUAUUAAGUUUCAGUAAGGAAGGGGCGGGGCUUCUUUAAAAUUCUGCCAAGAAACCAGUUUGAACUGAGUUGAGUUCAAACUGGAGUUCAUACCAAGUUCUGUGCCAUGUCUGCCUGUCCUGGACUUGACGAGUCCUAAUGAAGACAGCAGGCGUUUUGCAAUUUAGCAGAAUCUGUGAGGGCUGAAGUUUUGUAUUGAAUAGCAGAAAUGAUUUAAUUGUGUUUACAUGCCUAAAAAAAUGAUUGUUUUUGAACCAUGGUUACAAACCCUGGAUCAGCUCAGCUGUGAGAAACCAUGCCUGGUUGGUCUGAUUCCUCCUGCUCUCUAUUUUCCAUUAAAUGUUGUUUUGAUGUCCACGUUCCAGAGACUGUAGCCAAAUAUGUUGUAGCUGGAGAUGGUGUUGUGAAAUAGAACUGUGACAUUUCUAAGGAACACUCCUCGAUGUUUUAAAAACGCCGCAGAAUGUGUGAAGUUUUAAUACAAGUGCUGCAUCAGCUCCAUUACUGUUUGAGGGAUUCAAUUCACAAAGUUCAUAUCUGGCAAACUUAACGACUCUCUGGAUUCUUUAAAUGUGCAAAACCCAAUCAUUUCUACAAUUUACCAUAUUUAUACUAAAAUAAUCAUGUCCAGACAACACUUCAUUUUAAAAAAGCAUCAGCUGUCACCAUAGUGACUUCAGCGUUCAACACUGGUGAGCUGCUUGGAAACAGGAAAACAUUUCAGCCUCUAAGUUUGUACCUUGGGUUUAAAUACAGCUCACUAGUGUCAAAUCUUGUAAUAAAACACAAAGGCUUAAAAUUGUUUUAGCCAUUGUAUUAAUCUUUUGUUAUUUGCACUGCAUAGACAUAAAAAUGGUCCUCAAAGUACUUGACUCUCAGAAUCCUCACAAAUAUGUAGACUCAUUAAUUGACUGAAUGACUUCACUAAACAACUCUUCCCAAGGUCUCCAUAACUGAUUAAUGAGUUUGCUGUUAAUGUUUUGAUGGUGGCAGGAUGGAGGGUUAGAGUGGGAUUCGGUCGGUGUUUCUCAGCUGUAGCAGCGUGGGUAAAGGGAACAGUCAGAAAUAAGUCUCAUAACUUGUUGUUACAAGGAGUGAAUUGAUCAUAUUUACGUAAAAGUCCAGAGCCUCUAUAGACGAUGAUCUGAGUACUUGUAACACUGCACAAAGGUCACGAUCACACUGUUCAUGAAGUGCUGGGUUUGUCCAUCUUCGGGGCCUGAAGACUGCGAGUCCUGCUUGAUUCCUGCGAUUAGCUUCAGUCUUCCUGAUGUUUCUUAAGUAGCAUGUAUGUAGACACACACUCUCUCUCUCUCUAUAUAUAUGCCUCUCUCAGUGGGUCAACAGAACAUCUGACACAGCACAGCUGUAAUGAAAGAAUGGGAGGGUAUUUCUCCAAGAGGACACCUAGCUUGACGCUAACGUCCACUGUGAAUGUAGCUGUUGAAAAUAAUGUGGACUCCUGGCUAUCCUGUUAUUACAUAAAAGAACUAAUUACAAGUUUCCAUGUUACCAGGCUGUAGAGCGCUCUGUGAGUGUGGAUCUAAAACUGUUUAAAUCUUCCUCUGUCUUAUGCUAAAAUCUCAAAGGGCUACAUUUAAUUUCCAGAUAAUUCUGAUAUGAAGUGUAAAUGUGGGCCUCUGUGGCGUGUACAGCUGCUGUCAUCUCUGUGUAAAACAGGCUAACAGAAUUAGUGUAUGCUAACAGCUAAUCUAGCUAACAAAUUAACAGAAUGCUACAGAGUGAUGUUAGACGCCGUGCAGAACUAUAAGAUGCUAAGCUAUGUGUCAUUUUAAUUAUAGUGACGUGGUUGUGUUUAGCUUAAUUUAGUCAUCAGUAGCAGUAAAACCAGCAGAGACCAUCAGAACUGGAGCAGCUGGGCUAUGUAACAAGUGUUCGUGGUCACAUCCAGCAGGUGUGUGACUUUGGCUCCAGAAGUGGAACAUGGAAACCCCACAACAGGAAAUUUUUGCUUUGUUUUUGUACAGUGGGGUUAUAUCUUUUAUACAGUCACCGAUGCUGCUGUUCUGGCUCCAUAGCCUUCAGUCUUUGUAAAAAGAGAUCUGUCUUAAUGCCUGUAAGCUCCUAAACUGUGAGUCCUUAAACAGAGGACAAAAAAAUCUAUAUUCUGAACAAUCACUCGACCUAGCAAACAAUACACUCUAAUAUCAAAGCAUAAAACCUGUGAAAUGAAAAGUAAAAUGGCAGCUUGGAAACAGGGCUGCAGACAGCAGAGUUUCUUACAGUUUUAGUGGAUUUUCUUCUGUGGAUUUAUCACUUCUCUCCUGCUCAGAGAUGUGAACUCCACUGCCACAGGUCUCAUCAUCAUCUACCUGAAAAUUGAGGUAUUUAUUAUUUUGUCUGCACCCUGAUAUCUUGCUUUGCUCAGCUGCAGCUAUAGAAAGGGACAGAUUUCUGGCUGAUCUUAAUGGGCGGUCGUUGAUCUCUCUGGAAGUGCUGCACGGAGGUUGUGACGUCUGUGCAAAGCGCUGAAGUUUGUCUCCUUGUCAGGAUUAAGCCAUGCCUCAGCUUCCAGGCUUGUAAAAGUGCAACAAAAGUUAUUCAAAUACAUCUCUCCCAGAUGACAGGAUGUGCAGUUUCUGCUUUAAAUGUUUGUUUAUAUUCAAAAAUCUAAGCUCACAUUUUGUCGAGUGCA